AUGAGUGACGUGGAUGAGAUCUAUGAGUACCCCGAGUAUGCUGAGAUAGGAGAAGUGGAGGAGAUAUUAACUGAGGUUGAUGGGAGUAAGGAGACAGAUGAUAUGGCAGUGAGCGUGGAGGCAGCAGUGCAGCAGGAAGAGGAAAUAAUUACCAUGGAGGCAGCAGCAGUGAACGGUGGAGAUGGAGUUGGUGUCAACACUUUUGCAGCAACAAUCGUGGUUGAAGAUGAAGCAGUAAACGUGAAGUGUGUGGGAGUUGAAGCAGUGAAAGGGGACAUCAUGCCAGCCACACUCAAUCGAGCCGCAGAGUCGCAGUUCGUGAGUCACGCCGCCAGCGGGUCGUCGCCGCUCGCAGCACGGAUGCUCUUUCCCGGCGGGCUCAUGCGGGUGGGCGGCCGCCAUCUGCGCGGAAGCAAGCUGCUGCCGCUGCUGCAGCGCCGCCUCGCGCUCGCCGUGGGGACCAACCGCUUCAGCCGCCAGGUGCUGGCGCUGGCGGCGGUGCUGUGCGCGCUGCUGGCGCUGAACAUCCUCUUCUACCUCUUCGGCGGCAUCUCCAUCGAGUUUGUCACCGACGACCCGCUCCCCGACCUCCCCUCGCUCUGGCGCGGCGACGCGCAGCCGCCCCCGCGCGGGCGGCAGUGCGCGGCGUGGCUGGCGGAGGUGGACCCCACGGGCGCGGGGAGCGAGCAGCGCGACUGGCAGCGCCAGCCCGUGGUGGUGGCGGCGGGGGAGAACAGGCGCGUGCAGGGCUGCGCCGUCGGCUGCCUCUUCACGCGCGCCCCUCGUGAGCCUCUCCGCCCCUCCCUCCACAGCUCCAAUGGAACCCACUUCAUACUCCACCCUCCCUUCUUCCUUCGCUUCUUCCUUCGCUUCUUCCUUCCCUUCUUCCUUCGCUUCUUCCUUCGCUUCUUCCUUCGCUUUUUCCUUCGCUUCUUCCUUCGCUUCUUCCUUCGCUUCUUCCUUCGCUUCUUCCUUCGCUUCUCCCCUCCCCACCUCCCCUCUCUUCUUCCUUCGCUUCUCCCCUCCCCACCUCCCCUCUCUUCUUCCUUCGCUUCUCCCCUCCCCACCUCCCCUCUCUUCUUCCUUCGCUUCUCCGCUCCCCACCUCCCCUCUCUUCUUCCUUCGCUUCUCCCCUCCCCACCUCCCCUCUCUUCUUCCUUCGCUUCUCCCCUCCCCACCUCCCCUCUCUUCUUCCUUCGCUUCUCCCCUCCCCACCUCCCCUCUCCUCUUCCUUCGCUUCUCUCCCCUCCCCACCUCCCCUCUCUUCUUCCUUCGCUUCUCCCCUCCCCACCUCCCCUCUCUUCUUCCUUCGCUUCUCCCCUCCCCACCUCCCCUCUCUUCUUCCUUCGCUUCUCCCCUCCCCACCUCCCCUCUCUUCUUCCUUCGCUUCUCCCCUCCCCACCUCCCCUCUCUUCUUCCUUCGCUUCUCCCCUCCCCACCUCCCCGCGCCACUCAGCGGAUCACGACACCUGCGAUGCCGCGGUGGUGGCGCCACCAGCAGCAGAAGCAGAAGCAGAAGCAGAAGCAGGGGAGGCGGGCAGUGAGUGGUGGCCGUCACCAGCAGCCUCAGCUCCGACGUGUCCCUUGCCAUCAUGGAGGGACCACGCGUUCAUGGACCCACCCACACCCAAGCAUGCAUCGCCCGCCAUCGUGGCCGUUCUCACCCACCCCUGCUCCAGCCUUCAACUCAAGCUGGACUUCAUAUCACAGGUGGAGCGCCAGGGCGUGCCCGUGCAGAAACUGGGUCCCUGCCUGCCCGCCGCUGACCCCGCCCACGCCUCGCCAGCAGAGGUGCAGCGCCGGCUGUGCGCCCACCGCUUUGCGCUGCUGUUUGAGGAGCUCGCGCCGCUGCACGUCAUGUCGGCCCACUUCUGGGCCGCACUGGCCUGCGGCACCGUGCCCCUCGUGCUGGCCAAGGGCAGCGUAGCCUUGUUCUCCCCGGCUGAUAACGCCUUCCUGCAGGUGGGGCGGGGGGACGAGGUGCGGCAGGUGGGGGAGUGGGCGGGGUAUCUGCAGCAGUCGCAGCGCGCCUACAGCGACAUGACGCGGUGGAAGGCAGACGUUCCCUCCGAUGCCUUCCUCGCCCUCCUCGACCUCUCCAUCGUCCCACCGCACUGCCGCCUCUGCAUCCACCUCGCCACCAAGCACCUGGUGGCGUGGGAUGAGAGCAGCACGAGGAAGGUGUGUCGGUGCUGGGAGGAGGCCGCCAACACGACCCUCUACCACCUCUACGUGCGCGAGCGCGGCACCUUUGCCUUCCACUCCCUCUUCCUCAAGUCAUCGGAGCUCACCAUGGCGCACCUAGUGCGGGCCAUCUACCGCCUCUACCACCGCCUCGACUACCGCCCGCUCUGGCACGGCCACCGCCCCGACGCUCUGUCGGCAGGCGGGGCAGCAGCGGUGCGGGUGCUGCGGGUGUACCCGGUGGAGUCAUCCCAGGAGAUGGUGCUGCACGGCUCCGGUGCUUUUCGCCGCGACCGGCAGCUGCAGGACUUUGUGGAAGCCACUCCGUGCCCACGCCUUGAAAUCAUCCUAGUGUGA